UCUCCAAGCGUGACAUCAAAGACAUGUUCACCAAUAAAAUAUCAUUGUGGGAUUUUUUCAUGGGGCCUCCACAUGUGCAUUUAGGGUGUAGGCCUUUAUUGGGGAUUUUAUAAAACAUACAAAGUUGAAUGUAAAAUACAACAGACUGACUAGUAAAUGUAAUAAUGCUCCCAGAUCACUGCAGGCGUGCCUUGCUGGAUGGUAUUUGUUGGCACGUCUAUGGCAUUUCCUAAUAUGUUUGUGUAUGAAGUAUGAAGUUAUACUCAUAUUCGAGUGCUUCUGCUCGCGUUUAGGCCGGUAGGGCACAUAGGUGACGUGAGUGGCGUCUCUUUUCAGCUUGUUGUUCCCUCCUUUGUUUGGAUGCUUCCUGCCUUUAUUUGCAAGCGGCGGAGCAGCUGGCAGCGACACGUCACCGCCUUUUGAGCUCGUCUGUGUGCUGGCUGUGCAUACGCACCAGCGCUGUCGUGGACUGGAUGCUCUUAAAAACAACAACAGGGGCCACUUUCUUCUCACACGAUGGCUCCCGAGGGGAGGGAUGAGCGCUGUCAUAUUAGUUGGAAUGGAUGAAUGAGGAAUGCCUCCUGUUACCGUGGCGACGGUCUGUUGACACCUGUUGAUCUACAAACAAGCAGGGGAGGGGGACAUCACGGGUGCCUUGAAUAAGUGGUAAUGCUGGAUCAUAUGUAACAGAGCAUUUAUAACAAUCUCCAGAUAUGAGCAGUACUUGGGCAUAACAUUAGAGGAAAUUAAAUCAAAUAUUAAACAGUAUGAGAUUCCUACAAUAGAUCUGAAUUUAGAUUAUCCAUCCAUCCAUUUUCUUUUGCCACUUGUCCUCACGAGGGUUGCGGGGAGUGCUGGAGCCGAUCCCAGCUGUCAACGGGCAGGAGGCAGGGUACACCCUGAACUGGUUGCCAGCCAAUCGCAGGGCACACGGAGACAAACAACCGGACUCGGGGGCAAUUUAGAGUCUCCAAUGAAUGUUGCAUGUUUUUGGGAUGUGGGAGGAAACCGGAGUGCCCGGAGAAAACCCACGCAGGCAACGGGGAGAACAUGCAAACUCCACACAGGCGGGGCCGGGAUUGAAUCCGGGACCUCAGAAAUGUAAGGCUUUACCACCUUCACAACCAUGCCGCCCGAAUUUAGACUAAAAAAAUUAAAUAUUAAACAGUAUGAGAUUCCUUCAAUAGAUCUGAAUUUAGAUUUCAAAGAAAUGCUUUUGAGAGUCAAUUGACAAUAAAGUUUCAUUGUAUUGAAUAUUGGGUAAUCUUUUCCUGUUACAGCAUAGUGUCAACGUUCAAAUAUGACAUACUAUUGCUACGUCUACCAAUAAUAAUAAUAGUAGUAAUAGUUAUUACUAUAUUACUUAUAGUUAUUAUUACGUUAUCAUAUUACGCUGUACGUCAAUGGAACCAAGAAUUCUUUGAAAUGAUUCCUGUGGAAAUUAAAAAAUAUGUAUACAGUAUACAUAUUAAACUUUGUUGAGAUUAUACAAUGUAAUGUAUGGUUGAUUGUUUUAUUACUUAUCCCGAAAAGUAAAAAUGUAAAACCAUUUAAGAAUAUACACGAGUAAAAAAUACCUUAGAUUAUUUUAAAAAUGUAAAACAAAAAUAAUUGCACGUCUUUAUUGUUUUGUGUAUGUUUUUUUUGUCGAUAGCAUUUGCCUCAAUAUUAAAAUGAAUAACAAUGAUAUAUGUGAGGGAGAGCUAUAUUUCAUGAUGAUACGAGAUCGAUAAAUAUUUCCCACUUGUAGCUAAUUGGAACAAAUCAAUUCCUCUUGAACACGAUCAAAUUCGAAUUCCUGCUCGUUUUGGACUUUAAUCGAGUGUUAUUUGGUGUACGAGCGUCCACGUGCUCCGUCGCGACGGUCCGUAGGUGCGGCGGCGCUGCUGACGUCCUCGCGGGGAGCCUCCUCCUCCUCGACCCGCCUCAGCCCCUCCCUGGCCGGGUGACAUCAGCCGGGCUGGCCGCUGGCCUGGCGGCGCUCUCAGCUCAGGCGGUCGGCCGCUCACUCGCUCCCUCCCUCCCUCCCUCCUUCGCUCGCUGGCGGAGCCUCCAGCAGAAGCAGGCCGACGGGCGAAGCUCUACGACGGCGAGACGGGACGCACUAGCCGAGAUGACGGGAGCAGGACGCUGCUGACCUUGCAUUCUGCCGCCAGAGAAUCGGCUCCAGCGAUGGCCGCCCAUCGGAUUAGAGCCACGGCCAGCAGCAACACUUCGCUGCCUCGCUGCAGGUCCGAGGGGACGCUGAUUGACCUCAGCGAGGGGGUGUCCGAGUCCAGUCUCAUUGACGUCAAAGUGCCUUCUCCUAGUGCCUUACGCCUGGAAUCUACCACCUCGUUUGGCACGGCCCGUGAGGUGGUGGCCAUUAAGGACUACUGUCCAUCCAGCUUCACUACGCUCAAGUUCUCCAAAGGCGACCGCCUCUACGUCCUUGACACAUCGGGCGGCGAGUGGUGGUAUGCCCACAACAACACAGAGAUGGGGUACAUCCCGGCUGCCUAUGUUGAACCCAUCAAUUUCAGAGACUCGUCCUUCAGCGAUAGCGGCAUGAUUGACAGCGCAGGGGACACCAGAGAGGAGACAGCCUCGGAAAUUGACCUUCUCGGGGAGUGGGCUGGUGUAAUUCUCAAACCCACCGCUUACCAUAAUGGAAAUCCUUUCACAACCACUCAUACCUCAACCAACCCGUUCAUCCACAGGGAUCCUGAGAGCCCACUGGACCAGAACAGCAACGAGAAGUCAGUUGAUCUUCUUCUCUUUGACACCCCGUCUGUGUCAGAAUCAGUCAGCAGCACCACGGACCUCAACACUUUUGGUGGGAUUGCUUUAAACCCCCUCAGUAGCACACCAGGGAUGGGGCUUCGAAGGGACAAUCCAUUUUUCAGAAGCAAGCGGUCCUACAGUUUGUCCGACAUGUCCAUACUGCAGGCUCAAUCGGACAACCCUGCAAUUUCCAGCAGCUUUUUUAGCAGCCUUAAAGCACCAGCUCCGGAGCAGUUCCAGAACAGGGAGGAUUUCCGGACAGCGUGGCUUACCCACCGCAAACUAGCUAGGUCCUGCCACGACUUGAACUCACUGGGCCAAAACCCGGGCUGGGGUCAGACACAGCCAGUGGAGACCAGCAUCGUUUGCCGGCUGGACAGCUCAGGAGGCGCUGUUCAGCUUCCAGACACCAACAUCAGUGUCCAUAUCCCUGAAGGACAUGUCGCAGAGGGGGAUACCCAGCAGAUCUCUAUCAAAGCUCUCUUAGACCCACCUUUGGAGCUGAACAACGACCGUUGUACGACCUCUGGCCCAGUUGUGGAGCUCAAGCUCAGCAACAUGGAGACAAAAAGCAGCAUUACACUGGAGAUGAAAGUAUCCGUGGUGGUCAAGGCAGAAAACCGGGAGACCACACGGAUCCUGUGUGUCAGAAGCGACUGUAAAGAGGGGCCUUAUACUCCCAUCUCACAGACUUUCAUUAAUGGGGACACGGUCCAGGUGGCCUUGGACAAUCUGGAACCAUGCAUGUAUGUUUGUGUGGUAGUGCAGUCCCAGUCUACAUCUCCAGACUCCACCGUGUGGGAUCACGUGGUCAAAAAGAUUACACUAGGUGUGUACGGUCCCAAACACAUUCACCCCUCAUUCAAAACAGUUGUAGCCAUGUUUGGUCACGAUUGUGCCCCGAAGUCGCUGUUGGUGAGUGACGCAGGUAGGCAGACGCAGUCUUCGCCACCUGUUGCACUACAACUGUGGGGCAAACACCAGUUUGUCCUGUCCAGACCCCAGGACCUCCGGGUUGGGGUGUACUCCAACAUGGCCAACUAUGAGGUUAAGGCCAGUGAGCAGGCAAAAGUGGUCCGGGGUUUCCAGAUCAAACUGGGCAAAGUAAGCCGGCUUGUUUACCUGAUAAGCUCUCGCAACGGCACGGAUGUUUCAGACUUCACUCUGAGGAUCCAGGUCAAGGACGACUUUGAUCUUAUACUGGCCCAGUUUUGUGUUCAGACCCCCACGCCCCCACCCAAAACGGGUCAGAAGACAUCCAUGCAGCGUCGCUUCUUAAAGAAGAAAGAAGUGGGUAAGAUUGUCCUCUCUCCACUUGCCAUUGCCACCAAGUACCCAGUGUUCCAGGACCGCAGGAUAACCAACCUGAAGUUUGGAAAACUGAUCAAGACAGUCAUCCGGCAGACUAAGAACAGUUACCUGCUGGAGUACAAGAAAGGAGACUUUGUGGCACUUUUAAGUGAAGAGAAGGUCAAGCUGAAGGGUCAGUUGUGGACCAAAGAAUGGUACAUUGGGUACUACCAGGGCCGGGUGGGACUGGUCCACACGAAAAAUGUACUGGUAAUGGGCAAAGUCAAACCCAUUUAUCUGAGUGGGCCAGAGCUCACCACCUCCUUGUUACUGGAGCAGGUCCUAAGGCCUUGUAAGUUUCUAACAUACAUCUACGCCUCGGUUCGCACCGUCCUGAUGGAGAACAUCGGCAACUGGCGGGCAUUCGCGGAUGCCCUGGGGUACCAGAACCUGCCCGUGACGCACUUCUGCAGGGCCGAGCUGGACAGUGAUCCAGAGAGGGUGGCUUGUGUCCUAGAAAAGCUGAAGGAAGACUGCAACAACGCUGACAGCAAAGAGCGAAAGUCCUUCCAGAAGGAGCUGCUCAUGGCUCUGCUAAAGAUGGACUGCCAGGGCCUGGUUGCCCGUCUGGUGAUGGACUUUGUGCUGCUGACCACGGCGGUGGAGGUGGCGGGACGCUGGCGGGAGUUGGCCGAGCGCCUGGCCAAGGUUUCCCGCCAGCAAAUGGACGCCUACGAGGCGCCUCACCGUGACAAGAACGGCGUGGUCGAUGGAGAGGCCAUGUGGAAGCCGGCCUACGACUUUCUGGUGACGUGGGCGGCCCAGAUGGGCGACAGCUACCGGGACGUGAUCCAAGACCUCCACGUGGGCCUGGACCGGAUGAAGAGUCCCAUCACCAAACGCUGGAAGCACCUGAGCGGAACUCUGCUUCUGGUACACUGCCUGGACACCCUCCGAAGUUCCGCCUUUAGUCCCGUCUCCGCCACUUGUUCCUCGCAGGACGAUUUCGCCAUCUGACAAUUUUUUCUACCUGGAUUUUUUUUUUUUUCUACAUGCACCGCACAGCUAUUUAUUUUCAUCUGGUUCUGUAUCCUGUGGUUCUGAUCACGCUUGUGUAAUUUAUUAACGCCGCUGACCUGCCAAACACUUGGAACCGGACUGUCAUGGGCUACCCUUCCCUUUUUCGCAUCACGUUUUUUCGGUCAACUUUAUCAUCCUUACUUGUUUUUAAGCUUUAGCCACCCGGUUCUGGUGUGAUCAGUUCAGUUAUGAUGUGGUCAUUCCAGUUUCUGAUGUAAUUGGGUCCAUUUCAGGUCUAAUCAGCUUGGUUCUGAUGUGAUUCUGUCAUUUUCUAUUGCAAUUAGGUCCAAUUCCGUUAUGAUCAGUUUGGGUGUUGUUGGAAUUAGGAUGGGUUCAAAUUCCAUUAAAUCAAGUUCUGAUUGGAUCGGAUGUGCUUCUGGAGUUCUCAGGUGCCGCCUAAAACAGAACCGGCCUCUCACGGAACACACUCGCUGUUUCAGAGUGGUCGUCAACUUUCACAUUGUUUGGGGAUCUGAUUGGGAGAGGUUCUGCAAAUUAGGUGUGGGGUCUGGGUCAGGGUCUGGAAGGUGCCACUGGACUUGUUUCUAGUGUGAUCAGAUCAGGACAAGUUGCCAUCAGGUCGAGGUCAGGUGCUAUGGGGUCAGUUUCUCAUUUGAAGGGAUGAGAUUAUGAUUUGUUGCAAUUGGUACCGGGUACCAAUGUCCGCUGGAAACCAAGACAACAGUGACACCUGCUUGUCGUCAUGGUAACCACAAACAAGUCAAAACUCCGAAACAAAGCAACAUUUCUGAGUUCCUGCUGUCUGAUUUCCACAUUUCCUGUUUUACAUUUUUUUUUCUUUUUUGCCAAAAAGGACGUGUGACAUCAUCACCGCUAUUGCCGCUCAUCAGAAAUAAAGUGUAAAUAUUUGCACAUU